CUUGUCGAUUAGGAGGCUUCGGCCACCGACCCCCUCGACGUUAUCCGGGAAACACGACCACUGGGCGCGUCCUGCGUGGGCAGACAAGGCCAAGGGAUGUGCUCGGCUGCUCGGUACCUGCCGUACAUAAAAUAGCUCCUAACAGGGCUGCCAGUUGUGAUAUUUCCCAACUGGAACAAUAGGCAGUGACAGGGUAGGGAUCAUGAUUACAAGUUGCCGUUAAUGGAUAUGAGGCGAAGGUGGUAACCUCUGACCAUGGCCGAUGAUUCUUACUACGCAGCCCUGAGAAGCUGCUCCAAGGCAACCGUUUCGUCCCAGCUGCAUCGCGAAUUAGUUGCGUUGUGGAAACCCACUGUAGAAUCCCUCUUAUAGGGCGUCUAACGCUUCCCCGGGAUGGGUGGGGGAAGAUAUUAGGACGUAAAAUUUUCCAUCCCGACUCCUGAGAAAGUCGAUCGUGUGCACUGUGUGCAAACACAGUGUCGGACCGACCGGGUGUCUUUGGGUUAGGACGGCCCCCAGCGGAGACCAGGUCGAGCAGACUCGGGUGGGGGCCGUCCUGACAAAGGGACAUCCCCGACGUGCCGCUCCACGGCCCGAUACCGAGUUGGGGAGGGGUGUUUUGGGGAGGGCAUAAAGAGCGCAAGCUCGACGGCUCUCUGACGCCAUUUCUUAAUGAAUGUAAUAUUUCAGUUGGUAUUUAAAUUCAUAAAACGAAGGGCAAGAGGUUUUGAAAAAUCGUGGGUGAAUAUCUGUAGAAUUUAUAGCGCUAAAAUGAUGUCUUGUACUUGUGUUUAAAUUGUAUAACUGUGAAAUGAGAAUGUUGCCUUGGUCUUACUCUUAGUACUAGUCUUACUUUUACUCUUGGUUAAAAUUAAAAUAUCUUCCAUUCAUAUUACUAUGACUCAGUAAACUCAGUAUGACUAUACCGUAUACCAUCUAUGGGACCAUAGUCAUAAAAAGCAUAGGCCUACUUUACUAUACUUAAAUACUAUACUUAAAAAACGUAUCCAUUUAAUAAUUAAUUUCUAUUAUUUAUGUCCUGUGGGGUCGUCCAUUAAUUACGUCAACAAUUUUUACGCAAUUUUUUUACAUAUAAAUGUAUAAAUACUAAAUACAUUUUACUUUGUGCUGAUCUAUUUAAAUGACACAUAAAAUUGCAGGGAAAACAUUUUAUUACAUGUUUAACGUGUUAGUUUAGCUUGUUAAUCAACAAGUUAACAAGUUUUUACACUUAAAUUUUAUAAUGCAGAAUCAAUUAAAAGGUUGUUACGGAAUAAAUAACAUUGUUUGUGGAAGUAUAAAUAUGAUUAUUGACAUUGUCAGUAUAACUGACAAUUAUAGUAUGGUUUCCAGCUGCUAUUAUCUUCCCAUGGAGUAUUGCAUUGCCCCCCCCCCCCCCCCCCUUCUUGUUUUUUUUUUUUUUUAUUUUCUUCCCCUUGGGUAUUGCCUUGCCCCCCCCCCCCCCGACUUUGCUGGUUUUGUUUAUGUACUGUGUGCUGCUAUGUACUGUGGCACCUCCAGUAAUAAACAACUUAACAAGCCGACCCCUCCCUUCCCCUGAAAAAACCCUGAAAUGACGCCCCUGAUGGGCAUAGUCUAUAGUAGCUGAUUUAUUAUUUUCAUCUUGCAGAUCUGAUAUACCAGACAAGUCAACAUCAUCCUUAUCUAACCAUUCAGCACUUAAAUAGAAGUAUUUUCGGUGUGAGCAAUAAUUGCCAUAAGCUCUCUCUGUCUUUGAGUUGGUGUAGUUGUUAUUGAACACUGUUGAGUUGUUUUUUUUUAAAUUGAACGCUGUGUACAAUGAUGUGUUAAUCAUUCUAGGGAAAGGUUUAAGAGAAAAAUGACAGGUGAAGACAGUGGAGUAGCUAGGGGGUGCUGACCGCACCGGAUGUCACCAUAUCAGGGGGUGAUAGUGAUAUCAGCAAGUGAAGAAGAGUUAUUGGUGUUCGUUCCAAAAUUAAACUCUUUCUAUGAUGAGUUAUCAGAGGAUGAACUUUCAAAAGAAAUACCUAGGCUUAGAAGACACUAAAGGCAGCUGAUAUUGCAUUUCACAAAUUCAAGGGCUGGUCAGUAUUUGAUGUUUUACAAUUCAUAGCUGAAUGAGACUUCCUAGAAUAUCUUCCAAUAUUCUCGCUAAGCUUUCAAUUGUCUUACGAUCUGUGUGUCUGUGGUUUCAUGUGAGCUGAGCUUUUCAAAACUAAGGCUGAUCCAGGCCUAUUUACUCUCCACCUUGGGAUAGUCAAGGCUUUCUAAUCUGGCUCUACUAUCAGUUGAAAGUGAUACGGUGAAGGGUAUUCAAUUUGAUCAAGUGAUUGACAGAUUUGCAACUUGUAAGACCAGGAAUGGACAAUUUUUAAGAAAGUAAAUUUAAUGUAAAAAUAACUAUAACUUAACGUUGUUACUUCUUCUUCUUCUAUAUUUUGAGGGCCCACAAUCAAUGUAUUGAUCAUUCUAGCUCCUAUAAAUUUUUAAAUACAGUUCUUAAAUACAUUUACCUCCUGACCUUUAAUUAAUUUAUUUUUGUUCUUGUCAUUUUUAUACUCAAGACUUAUUUUAACAAUAAAAAAUCCAUCUUGGAAGUCGGGGUAGAGGGGGGUGGCACCAUGAGUUUACCGGGCGGGGUGACACCGACCCUAGCUACGCCACUGGAGGAAGAGAUGCCAACUUUUGACUUCUCUUGCACUAACAGAGUGUGCUAACAUUCUGACCAACCAUCUGCAGUGCACAGUCAGGCACACAUUAAAUAAGAAUGAAAAAAUUGUGCUUAUUUAUAAAAAACAAAUUGAUGCACAAUGUUUUUUUUAUAAUAACAAAAAAUUCAGUUUUCUAGGAUAUAAAAAUUUUUAUUUCCUACCAAGGCUGUGUAUCGCUGGCAGUGAAGUACUAGACUCAAUUACAAUAAAUUACAUUUACAUACAUAUUUGACUUAACUUACAUUUACAUACAUUAUCAAAUACUUGAUUACUCAUAAACUUUUCCCAGGCACUUCAAUACUUCUUUCAUCUCUGAAGUAGAUUUGAUUAAAGAGAAAUAAAUUUGAAUAUGCAUGAAAUUAAUUCAUCAUCUACAUGAGAUAUUUAUUCUCAUGAGUAUAUCAAGGGAAUUUUAAUUGCAAUUUGUCAAUUAAAAAUAUGCAAAAAUGCUUUAUAUGGAAGAGAACAAGGAUGAUGACAGAGUUCUAGAUUUAUUUACACCUGAGUUUAAAAGAUUAAAAGCAAGAAAUCCACCACCUGAUCUCAGUGAGGUUUUGGAUCUUUCCUCCCCAAAGCCAAAUGAGGUAAGAAUGCCUUGGGAAGUGUUUUUGCAAAUUUUUCAUAAAGCUUGUUUUUCUUUUGCAACAAAAUAGGGAACAUAUUUCAUUAACAAAUAUUUCAAAUAAUAAAAAUUAAGAUGUAUCAAUUCGUAAACAUUUAUUAAUCAUCACCUUGUUCAUUAUUUUCAUAGCUUUUUUGCCCCUACUUAGCUAUUGAAUCUGACCUUACACCUAUAAAUGGCCUGAAGCCAAGCAGAGAGUGGAACGUAUAUCAAUUCCCAAGAUUCCCAGGUACAAUACUCAUAAGCUUGUCAUAUAUUUUUUAAUGAAAAUUACUAAUGCCAGUGCCAGCAUUACUCGUUGUCACCCUUAUGAAUUUGAUCUUUGGCUCUCUCUACAUCACAGUGAAGUUGCACACAUUUCCAAUAUUUUACAUAGCUCUUUUUAUGAGGAAAGGGAAGGAGGUGUUGAUUUUGCAUACCAGUGUGUAUGGUCUGGAGUGGGGGAGGGGAGGGGUUUCCAAUGCAGAAAUUAUAUACAUUUAUUAAAGAAUUCUGCAAUGAUUAUUCUGAAAUUCUGACAGUCCACAAAUAGCCUAUUUAUAUCUCUAAUGCUAUACAAAAAAUGUCAUGCAAUAUUUUCUUAUUAUCAUCAUACCAGUACUUUUGCAUUGUCUUUUUUAACAAGUGAACUCACUAGAUAUCACACUAAUAACAGUAAUAUUGAGUCCACCGUUCAACUCUGUAUGACUCCGUGCGUGUGACGUAAUUAUUUUGUUCCAAAAAGUUUUCUAUUCUCUGUGCCCUUGACGAAUUUAGGUUUUCCCUAUGUGCCCUAUGAAAAAUUUUAACUAGUACACUUCGAAAUAGAGAACAGGCUUUUUGAAAUUAAAGGGUUGGGUAAAAAUUUACACAUGCAACAGGGAAAAGGAAGGGGGGGGGGGGAAUUAGUCUUUUUUUGGAUGGUCCCUUGAGCUAAUUGAUGACUAACAUUGGCAGCAAGUAAGUUAAUAUUGUUUUUGAGAACCAAAAAUUAUUAAAUUUUAAAAUGAUGGUUGUCAUAAAAAGUUGUCAUCAUUAAUAGCUGUUAUUAAAUGACACAGAGGACAUUAUCUUUAAUUACCACAAUGGUGCAGCCAAGGAAUGUUACUUCACAUUCCAAAUAGGAUAACAGUUAUGCUAGCCAGGUGUUAAACUCAGGCUGCCCCAUUAUGUGUGUCAAACUUUCUGACUACAACUGACCCUCAUCAUAUCCUUUAUAACAGAACAAAUGUCAUGUGUAUAUGUCUAUGCAUUAUUGUUAUAUAUGGUCAUAAAGACAGAAACUAAUUGACAAGACAGAGGAUUCAUUCAGAUUAACUAGUUUGAACUAAUAAUGAAAUUAAUUUUGAAAUAAAUUUUUGGAGAAAAAAAAUUCAUUGCAUGCUCAGUUUUAAAAAUUUAUGUUACUAAUUAAUGCAUUGAUUAUUUUUUAAAGCCAAAAAUACCUGAAUGUCAUACAUUCUUUAUGUUGGUAACGAUCAACCCCGUUAUUACUCUUAACUACUGAGCCUCUUGCUGGUGUAAGCCUGUCACUAAUUUAGGCCCACUAACUGUGAUUUUUGUUUUGUCCAUUAUCUCAAUAACAAAAUCAACCACACUCUUUAAUUUUUAAAGGUUUCUUUGUUGUGCAAAACCCAUUCUUGGAUGGAUAUGAUCGAUAUUGGGUGUCACGCUGUCUCAAAGAUUUCCCAUCAAACAAAGAUAAUCUAACCAAUUUAUCAGCUUUAGGUGAAAAAAGAGGUCAGAAUCUUUGGGAUGAUUUUGUUAAAAAACAAAGGUAAUUUCACCAGGAAUACUUUUUAUGAUAAAAAAAUCUAUGUACUUUUCUCAUGCACUGAAUAAAAUUACAAAAAUACUUUCAAACUAAGCAAAGUAAAUUACUAAACUUAUUUGGUUACAUAAUUUGAAACAUAAUUUUUAACAUGUUUAAUGCAAUAGAGAUAAGUUGAUUUUUUUUUAAAUGUAUUAUGUAGAUGCCGACCUAUAGUUGCUAACACUACAUAUUAAGUAGGCCUACAUGGUGUAAAAAUUGCAUUUUUUAAAUGAUAAAUGAAAAGUAAGAUUGAUUCUUAAUUUUUUAGUAGUAUGCUCAGUAAGGGAGAUCCACUUAGGCAGUUGCGUUGGACUACACUUGGCUAUCACUACAACUGGACAACAAAGGUAAUUUAGUAGACCAAUUUUUUACUCUGUAGAUAAAAAAUAUUGACAGCAGGCAUGACAUGUAAUUAAAAUAUCACAUUUUGUAUUUAUUGUUUUAUAUGGCUGAUAAAGGUAUUUCUCCAAAAAUAUAUAUAUUUUAUGUUGUUUUUUUUGUUUGUCUCUCUCCAAGCUUAAAAUAAACCUUGUUACAUAAUGUUGCCUAUCUUAAUAGCUUGACCAGCUGUCCACUAAUAAUAUUUCUGUAAAUCCCCAAUAGCUUAGCUAUGGCAUGCCUAAUAUAUUUGUCAACAGUAAAUACUUUGUAUAUAAGGCUGAAGUUUAAAUGCAUAGAUUCUGCAAAAUAACAAACUAAAGACUAAAAAUAACAUCCACACGUCCUAAUAAUGUCAUCCACACGUCGUAAUGAUGAUAUCUACACAUCCUAAAAGCUAUCAAGUGGUGAUCCUGACCCUCAUCUCCACUGAUGUCCUGCUGAAAUGAGUCAUGUAUAAAGCACAUGGCCAAUGCUAAAGCUUGGAUUGAGACAAACCAACACACCAUCAAGACUCAGCUUGGAGUUUUUGUUCACUCUCACCACAUAACAUCCAAUUAAUGCUUACCGCCAUUUUAUUUAUCACAGGCCAUCUAACCUUUUAUGGUUUAGUCUUUCCUGUUAUUUAAAUACUACUUCAUUCUUCCGCUUCACGUUCCCAGCUUCAGUCCUUACAGUUGCUGUUUUCAGGCACAGUUGUCCUACUUAACUACACAAACACAGCCAUGCUUGCUUAAGACAAAUAACCAACUCUCAAUUGAAGCAAUGACGAUUCUUUAUUAUUUUUCACAACUGGCAGUUUACAAAAACGUUCUUCACUAAAAGUUCUUCAUGACACUACUUCUUGUCCUCUGACCACUUUCAUCUCCAAUUACUAGAUUGCACCCUCACACGACAAUCAUCACUCAGCAUUCCCACAAAACAGAAAAAUGAACUAAUCCCACAAACUGACCUUACAUUACCACCACCCCCCCCCCACCCCCCGACCUAUCACAACUCACAAACAACUUUCUUAAACAUACAUUCAUGCUCCCAUUUCAUUUCAUUAUAUCCCCCCCCCCCUUUUUUUUUCCAUUGACAUAAGUUACAGAAGUGAUGUCACACACAAAAAUGUUACCGUAUUACAAAAUCUAAACAUCUUUUUUUUAAACAAUGCUAAAAAUCACACAUUAUUAGAUACAAAACAUUUUUCAAUAAACAAUACUUAAUAUUGGCCUUCUCUUUACAAUACUAAAUAUUGGCCCUCUCUUUACAAAACUAAAUAUUGGCCAUCUCUUUACAAUACUAAAUAUUAGCCUUCUCUUUACAAAACUAAAUAUUGGCCAUCUCUUUACAAUACUAAAUAUUAGCCUUCUCUUUACAAAACUAAAUAUUGGCCUUCUCUUUACAAUUAAGAUCAAGGGCCAAUUGUAAAUCAAAACACAAUAUGACAUUGCUAUUAACAGCUAGUGAAAAAUUAUAUCCUUUGAAAAACCAACAAUAGUCAAAAUUACAUAAAUACUCACAAUAUUAAUUAACUGUUCUUUAAAAUUUCCUUAGGUUCUUUUUAAUUGAUUAACUUAAUAAGUAAAAAAACUCAACACAUCCAUAAUUGGACUCAAAAUUAAAUUUCUUAAGCUUUAAACUGGCUGCUGCAGAGAAAAAAAUAUCAACACCCAAAAGUAACAUGUAUUUUACUGUUCACGCAAAUUCAUUACACAUUGCCUCACUUAAAUGUAUAGCAUAGCAACCCCAAAAAAAUCAUAAUCGCAACUCAUGGAAAACACUCACCUCUUCAACAAAUUCAAAGCCUCUAAUAAACUUAAAGCCUGAGCCACCAUGGCUCUCAAUCUUUGUCACUCCUGGCUCUCAUGACAUAAUAAAUCGAAUAUGUCCUUCACGUCAUGAACAACCCCAAAAUGUUCUCUUUUACCCUAACCCCCCAGGAACUGGCAUCCAACCCCUUCUUUGACGUGACUUCAAAAAGAGAUGCAACCUAUAAAAAUUUUAUUCAUGUUUUAUAAACCUACUGUUAAGUAGGUCAGCAUAGCCAAGGAAUUUCUAAGACAUUAAUGUCCAACACAUCUAUGCCUUGGAGUACAUAUAUAAACCAAAAUUGAACAUCACCAUCUCAAGCAUGAAAGUAUAGUGUCUAGAAUCUAGACACUCUUCUACUGACUGGAUGUAUAACCUAAAUAACAUAAAUAUGAUAGUGUCUAGACACACUAUACUGACAGACUAAAUAACCUAAAUCUGAUUCAUUCCAACUGAAAUACAUAUAUAUUUUCAAACAUACUUUAAAUAAAUAUUCUUUUCAUUUCCAUUAAGCAAGCAAGAGAUAGUUACAAAAUUAAUUACGAUCUCCUCAUGGCUCACUCUUUAAUAAGCACACAUUCAAUAAUAUAUUUAAUUUGCAUGAAAUAAUACAUUUAAAAUAGAUGACGCAUUUAAUAACUUAAAGGUAAUGCAAUCCAGCAAUGGUAUUACUAAUUAUGAGAACAGCGAUCCUACACUUCAUUCUGUUUGUUAAGGACUGCAUCAUUUACAUUUAUAAUUAAUCACACUUUUUACCUCAAGCCAGAUAAGGCCAGUCAAGGAGAGGAGCUAAUUAUAUUUCAGGCUUCAUAUGAAGAAUAACACUCUUAAACCAAGUGAGACAGUAUGUCUGUCGCGAUAUUGUUUGUUCCCUUUAUACUCUUGCCGUGUCAGGGCCCAUCUUUAAUGCCUUUAUCUAUCCCAGGCCAAUAAAAUGGGCUGGUCUUAUUGACGUGUCCAGCUAGUAGUCUUUUGCUUGUCCAUUUGAGAGAAUGGAGUCCCUUCUAUUUUUAGGUAUCACCAACCGAUCUAUUUGACUUGUUGUUUUUUCUCUCAUAAUGUUUAUAGAGGAGCUCUUUCCUAACAACAAAAGGAGUUAUCCCAUUAACCCCCUCAGGAAUUGACCUCGCAUUCCCCCCCCCCCCCCCCCCUUGUUGUUUUUUCUCUCAUAAUGUUUAUAGAGGAGCUCUUUCCUAACAACAAAAGGAGUUAUCCCAUUAACCCCCUCAGGAAUUGACCUUGCAUUCCCCCCCCCCCCACUCAAUAAAAAAUUACCCUUACAAAACCUCUCACCAACUUAUGAUUAACAACUUUUAUUAAAAAACAUUCACCAAGCUCCCUAAUCCAGUUCAUAACAACUAUCAAGACAUUUUCUGCCAAUGUAUUGUCCAUGGAGUUCAUAUUUCUACCAAGACAUUUUCCUUUCUUCAUAAUUUUUUAAAGUACAUUAUAUUUAUAUGUGUAUAGGUGUAAGUCAGAAUAUUUCCACAACUUAUGAAAGAGUAACCCUUCAAAUAAAUGGAUAUACUAACCCUGGAAUCCUUAGCUUGAACCUUGAAGAGGUUUCAAACGUUUAACUAACAUUAAAACCAUUGAAUCUUCACUUUACCAAGGGUCAUGGGAGCAUGAACGGUUCAACUGAAUAUAACUGUAAUUAUUUUCUAGGAUUAUUCGGAUGAUAACCAAGGAGAUUUCCCCCAGGAUGUCAACUGUUUGUCUCAGUAUUUAGCUGCCAGUCUCGGCUUAGGUCCUUAUCACGCUGAGGCUGCCAUAGUCAAUUAUUAUCAUUUGGACUCAACACUGGCUGGACACACUGACCAUUCAGAGCUUGACCUGUCUGCCCCAUUAUUCUCUAUAAGGUUGGUUUUUUUAUUGAAAACGUCAUUGUUAUAUGGUUGUCUAUAUCUUAUUUUUAGGAUGUUUAAAAUUAUUACUUAAAUAUUUCUGUUUUGAAAUAGGACCCAAAUGUCUGCAUUUUUUGAAAUUUUAAAAACAAUUACAGCCUGUAAUCAAUUUUUUAAUUAUCAUGCUUUAGUAUACCUUUUUUUUUUUUUCUUUUUUUUUUUUGGAUUAUGAAGCCACAAAAAAACUACUAUUUUAAUGGUUAUUAAAGCCAUAACAUUUAAAGGUAAUUUUAACCAAAAUUAUAUUUUUAAUAUUUGAUCAUUUUAAUCUUGUAUUUCAAUUUGAAGUUUUAUUGUAUUUUUUGUUUGUUUUUUUUGUUUUUUUAUUUUUUAUUUUUUUUUUUUUUUAUUUUUUUUUUUUUUUUUUUUUUGUAUAUUUUUUUUUUUUUUUUUUUUUUUUUUUUGGAUUAUGAAGCCACAAAAAAACUACUAUUUUAAUGGUUAUUAAAGCCAUAACAUUUAAAGGUAAUUUUAACCAAAAUUAUAUUUUUAAUAUUUGAUCAUUUAAAUCUGGUAUUUCAAUUUGAAGUUUUAUUGCAUUUUCAGCUUUGGUCAAAAAGCUAUUUUUCUUCUUGGUGGAACAACAAAGGCUGUGAAACCAAUGGCGGUAUAUGUGAGAAGUGGUGAUGUCUGUGUAAUGAGUGGGGACUCUCGUCUUGCUUACCAUGCCGUGCCUAAAAUUCUCAGCACCCCAACAUUUCCAAAAAUCUCAACAAGCAGCCACUCACAGAAAAACUCAGUUAGAGGAGAUGUUGGCAGCAAAGUGAUAGAAAAUGUAAACCAAAGUGCUGCUGAUGAAAAUGCAGACGAUGACCCACUUAAGGAAAAAUCAGCACCUGCAAAAAGACAAGCAGAUUUAAAUAGUUCAUUAGAUGCAUCUGAGUCCUGUGCCUGUAAAUUACAAAAAUUAAUUGACACCAGUUGUGAACAUUUCUCACAUAUGACCCCAAUGGGACAUUCUAUACAACAAGGAUUAGACCUAGUUGUGAUGAACUGUGAUAAUCAUAAACUUCUGACUCAAAACUGUAGCGACCAUAGCUACAAAGAAUACCAGUCAAACAUAGACCAGGUAAAUGCUGGUAUAGUAUCUGUGUUAUCAAAUCUUGACUUCAAUUAUUUCAGUCUUUAUCUCAAGUCAUCAAGAAUAAAUCUGAAUGUGCGACAAGUACUGCCACCUGGUAUAAAAAGAUUAAAGGAUUUUAGCAGGCAGAACAAAAGUUUAUAAUUUGUGAAAAAAAGGAAAAGUGAUGGGGAAGAGAUACACAAUUAUCCACAGGUGAACUGAAUUUUUCAUUUCCUGUGUCAUUUAAUCUGAAGGUUAUAUUAACCGAAUUUUUCAAUUGCUGUUUCAUUGAAUUUGUACUUUAAUUAACUGCAGUUUUCAACAAAGAAAUUCAUUAUAUCUGUAUAAAUUACUUUAUGUUAAAAAGUUCAUUUGAAGUUUUAUUGAAUUAUUGUCUCAGCUUUUCUUGAAAUUGUAUAACUGGCUACUUUUCGCCUAUUUCAAACAAUGAGUAAAAACAACUAGCUAAAUUUUUUAAUGCCCACUAAACCUCCUCCCCCACCCCCCCCCCCCUUUCUCUUCCCUCCGAUGUUCUCUCCAGUUUCAUUAAAAUAAUAUUUGAUAUAUAUACUCUGCUUUUUUUUAAUAUAAAAGGCUGCCACUGUCAUUUAAGCCCACUCCCUAGAAAACUUUGAAAAAUUCAAAACACACGGAUGCAUUUUAGGACAUACCUGAAUAUAGUUUUUAAUCAUUCUUUCUACAGCAGCAUUUCCAGACCUUUUUUUACCCUCAUGACCCACUCAAACUUUUAUCGCCUACUCUGACCAUUGGGUAAAAAAAAAAGCUAAAAUGAAUACCAAUACAGUGUUUAUAUUUAAAUUAAAAUUGCAUUGCCUCUUAGAAAAGUGUUGAUAAAUUUGUGUGCAUUUAUAACUAUCAGUGUUUAGAAAGUCUUUUGACUACCAGAGUUACUAGCAAUGAGUUUUCAAGCUCAUCCUUAACAUGUAGGUUUUUUAUCAAAAUAUUAAGAUUGUUAUCCAUUACUAUUAAAUUUCUUGGUUGACAUAUUUAGGACCUUUUUUUUAAAUUUUGUUCAGAAUACCUACUUUAAAUUUAGUCUAGAUCUUAAAAGUGAAAGUUUAAAACUUUGUGUGUCUGAGUCAGAAAACUAUUCAUUCUCUAAUUGGUGACCCCGUUUAUUAAUCUAACGUACAGAACAUAUGUCUGCCAUUACACAAAAUUAGAGGCCAUGUCACUGUGUAGUGUUUCUUUUAACCAUGCCAUAAAAAUAUCGGUGGUGUCUAAAGUAUAGUACCUCAUUAUGAAAAGGAAUUAAUUUGUUGAAUGAAACAUAAUCUAAUUUCAUAAAAGAUUUAAGGAAGAGAGAUUUGUGUAGAUAGUUAAAUUUAAUAAGUGUAUCCAUGUGUGGUAUGAUAGUUACACUUAAUAAGUGCCCCUAUGUGUGAGAUGAUAGUUAAAUUUUAUAAGUAUUAUAAGUGCCC